AUGGAGUCAAGUGCCUAUAUACCUGAUGAUAUUUCCUUCUCCAUUUUAUCAAAACUGCCUCUUAAAUCUUUUAAACGAUUUGAAUGCGUUCGUAGAUCAUGGUCUCUCUUGUUUCAAACCCAACAGUUCAUCCGUACGUUCUUAUUUAAUUCUCACCGCUUUUCUUAUUACAACGGAUCUUCUUUACUUCUAAGGGAUUUUGAAUUCGGUAAAAACGAUUUCUAUUCCAUUUUUGGUGAAAGGUUUCAAAAUAAAGUUAAAUUAGAUUUCCCAAAUCCAUUUGCAAACCAUUGUGAUUUUGUUAUUCUUGGUUUUGGUAGUGUUAAUGGCAUAAUUUGUCUCCAUGAGGAUGAUUAUUAUGGCAAAACUGUAUUGUGGAAUCCAUCUACCAACACAAUCAAGCUCAUUCCUCCCACUCCAAAUGAGUUUAUUGAGUCGUCUAUCUCAAACUCAAAUGUUGAGGAUUUUGUUAGGAUAAUAGAUACAUAUUAUAAUCAUGGAUUUGGUUACGACGAACUUAUAAAUGACUAUAAGCUCAUUUGUUAUGUAUGUAUUGAUGUUGAAUACGCUGACCACGGAGUUAUGUCUUUAGACUCCUUCUGGGAGAUAUAUAGCUUAAGAACUAACUCAUGGAGGAUACUUGAUGUUGACAUGCCUUAUUCUUUGUCAAUCCCAUAUAGUGAGGGCUCCAAAGUCUACAUGGAUGGUGUGUGUCAUUGGUUGUGUGAAGUGCAUGAAGAUAAUCUGCAUGGACCAUGUUUGGUAUCAUUUUACUUGAGCAAUGAGAUGUUUUUCAUAACACCCAUAUCCUCAAACUUAGAUGAUUGUUUUGAUGUUCAAGCAUUGUGGAUAACCUUGGCGGUACUAAAUGGGUGCAUUGCAUUGAUCUCAUAUCAUGAAGAGUCCACUAAUUUUCACAUAUCAAUUUUGGGUGAAUUCGGUGUGAUAGAAUCGUGGACCAAACUUUUCAUUGUUGGACCGUUGUCUUAUGUUGAGCAUCCUAUCGGAGUGGGGACGAAGGGGGAAAUAUUCUUCGUAAGAAAAGAUAAAGAAGUAGCUUUGUUUGAUUUGUGUAGCCAAAUGAUUGAGGAGCUUGGUCAUAAAGUGAUGUUUCCUCAAUGUCAUCGGAUCAUAAUUUACAAGGAAAGUAUCAGUCCUAUUGGAGGAAUAAGUUGUUAA